AUGGAAAAACUAGAACUCAAAAGAGCAGCAACUCAAGCUAAAAUCAUUGGCACCGUAGCAUCAAUAUCUGGUGCAUUUGUCAUGAUUUUCUACAAAGGCCCCAUAAUUAUGUCAUCAUCACCUUCGUGGUCGUCAUCCGUCCUACAACUUCAAAGGCCUUUGGAGUCUUCUCAAACUAAUUGGAUCAUUGGUGGAAUCCUUGAAACUCUUGCAUAUCUUCUUUAUUCAUACUGCUAUAUCAAUCUGGCACAAACAAUGAAGAUAUAUCCAGAUGAGUUUGUUGUAACCUUGUUUUACAACUUGUCUGUGGCCCUUUUAGCUAUACCAGUAGGCUUGAUUGCAGAACCACAGUUGAGUUCUUGGAGAUUAACGUCGAGUGUAUCAGUUGUUGCAGUCCUAUUCACGGGGAUAUUCGGGUUCUCAUUAAGCGCAGUUGUUCACACAUGGUGUGUACGGUUGAAGGGGCCUGUGUUUGUUGCAAUUUUCGCACCCACUUCGAUUGUUAUAGCUUCUGUUAUGAGUGCCAUAUUCCUUGGCGAAGCAAUUUAUCUUGGAAGCGUGAUAGGAGCGGUGAUCAUAACUGUUGGAGUCUAUGUUGUGUUAUGGGAAAAAGCAAAAGAAGCAGAAGAAAGGAGAGAUGAAGAGUCCUGUGGCUUAACCGGGUUUGGACCCUCGUCUGAUGGUCGGCUUCCAUUGCUGCAGAGUUAUAAAAAUUGAAGAAAAGCGUA